CUCUGGAACGCCACUUUCCGGACCCAACGUACAACCCUGCAUUGCACAGGCAAUGUUCGCUACUUUUCUUUCGCCUUCUUGUUCAAAGUUGGUUCUUUUUUCUGCGUGCGCGUGAUUUUCAGGACAAUUGAGAAUGAGUUCGAACGGUAAUGUCAGUGAAAUCAGUGGCAGCGAUCAGAAUCAUGGCGGCGUAAUAGACAUAUAUCCUCUGAGUUGCUACUACUUUGGAUCCAAAGAAGCCAGUCCCUUUAAAGACGAGACCUUGGCCGAUCGUACUCAGAGAAUGAAGUCCAACUAUGCUGCUUAUGGGUUGAGGACUUGUGUGAAAGCUGUGAUUCUGGUUGAGUUGUUCAACCAUCCUCAUUUGUUGCUGUUGCAAGUAAGAAAUUCCAUCUUCAAGCUUCCUGGUGGCCGCUUAAGACCAGGUGAAUCAGAUAUUGAUGGAUUGAGACGUAAGCUGUCGAGAAAGCUUUCUGUCGAUGAAAGCGGUGGUGAGACUGAAUGGGAGGUGGGAGAAUGCCUUGGGAUGUGGUGGAGGCCUGACUUUGAAACAUUACUGUAUCCAUACUUGCCACCUAAUGUAAAAAAGCCUAAGGAGUGCACAAAACUCUUUCUUGUGAGAUUGCCAGUUAGUCGGAGGUUCAUAGUACCUAAAAACCUAAAAUUGCUGGCAGUUCCAUUGUGCCAGAUACAUGAAAAUCACAAGACAUACGGACCGGUCAUAUCGGGCGUGCCGCAGCUGCUAUCCAAAUUUUCAUUCAACAUCAUUGAAUCUUAAAAUCAACCUCUAUAUGUCAAGUAUAUGGGAUCAUGAAGAAGGAUGUGUGUGAAGAAGGUUUUUUAACUGCGGCAUUAAUUCCAUGGAAUCUGGACUGGCACUUGUAUAUAUGUUGGUUUUCUAUAGUUUACCAAAGGUGGUGAAACCGCAAUAUAAAUCUUACUUUUAUGCUUUGGCGUGACUAUUUUCUUCUACUAUGUAAAUGCCUGAAUUAAUGGGUAUAAUCGAAGUUUUGAAGAUUAUGGAAAGACAAUAGCAGAAUUACAGCUAGAUUGUUGUCUAUAAUAGUUUUCAUACUUCUAGUGUU